AUGACGGGUCCAGCACCUCUCGCGUUGCUUUCCUCCGAUGCCGGUGCCGUAGCCGUAGGCGCCGUCUUUGGCGCCCUCUCUCGAUAUCAAGCGGGGGAAAUGGCGGCUCAAUGGAUUGCCAAAGACCCCACCAAACGAGUUCCCUUUCAAGGCUGGCACACGGCUGGUAUCAACGUCGCUGGAUCCUUUGCCUUGGGCAGUCUUGCUGGAAUACCCACCAAGGCAGUAACGCCUGCCGUGACACCCGGUCUCUCACCUCGUACCAAAUUGAUGAUGGGUGUGGGAUUCUGCGGCAGCUUUACCACGUUUAGUACCUUUUCCGUUGAUGUGGCCAAGUGGGUCACCGAAGGACAAAUUGGAAAGGCGACUGGAUACGUACUAACCAACAACGUAGGUGGGAUUGUAGCCGCGGCGGCGGGAAUGGUCAUCAUGAAGAAGUUCUUUGGUUGA